CAAAAGAGUCCGACGAGUUCUUCGACUGCGCCGCCGGUCUCCUCGUUACCUCGUGGUUCGCCGGCAACCCAGGAGAAGGAAGCCGCCGCGGCCUCGAGGGGGCAAUCGCCGGGUUCUGGCUGGAGGGGAUCUAUGUUCACGAACGCGCAGCGCCAGGUUGAGCGCACCGGCCGCUCUGGCACCCCGCGAAACCAGUACCUUCAGGAUCUUGUGACCCAGUUCCAGAACGCCACGGAUGAAGAGUCUAAAGAGAAGAUAGCUGCAAACUUGGCAAAUUUUGCGUAUGACCCUUUUAACUAUGCCUUUAUGCGUCAGCUGAAUGUUCUUGAGUUGUUCUUGGACUGCAUUACAGAGCCAAAUGAAAGGCUUGUCGAGUUUGGCAUUGGUGGAAUAUGUAACUCAUGUGUUGAUCCUGCAAAUGCUUCAGUCAUUGUUCAGUGCGGUGGAAUCCCAUUGGUUAUACAAUGCUUAUCAAGCCCGGUGCGAAAUACUGUGACUUAUGCACUUGGGGCUUUGUAUUAUCUGUGCAACCCGUCCACUAAGAAAGAGAUCCUGAAACCUGAUGUAGUUAGGAUUAUAAGAGAGUAUGCUGCAGUUGGAGCUAUUAACACCAGCUUCAGCAACAUGGCUAAUGCUUUCCUGGAGAAGCAUGUUGAUUCAUGACCUUUGCUGAGAAUAUUAGAAGGGUGCUAUAUAAAGGUGCCGUAAUGUGAUGUAAAUAGAAAUGUGCAUUAUGAAAGAGGGAACAAAAUUGAAGGAGACUUUCAAGCUCAGAAUUGAAAGCCUGCUCUGCAUUCUUCCGAUGCUUAUUCAAGACCCUAGCUUGUGACUUGAUGAGAGAACAAUGCCCAUAAGGCCUGGCUUAACAAAGAAUUCUUGCUCUUCAGCAAGAACAUUGCCCUGGUUUUCAAUUUAGAAGAUACUUUGUCAUGGUUCAAUUAUCUGUUCAAGUGAUUACCAACUGUCUUGUCGCCGGCUCCGGAAAUUGCUAGUGAAUGAAUUGUUACUGACAGCAAUGUAGCGUCAUGAAUUCAUUGUUGUUUUUCCGAUGUCUGGCGGAACCUGCAAUGCAAAGACACUGCAAUGUAGCGUCAUGAGUUCAUUUUUCCUCUGACAGAACCUGUAAUUUAAAGAUUGCAUAGGAUUGAUGUGACAUAGUGAUCUUGUAUGCAGUUGUAGGGAGCUCUGCUGAACACUUUUCUAGAGAGGAGUUUCUAGAGAAGAGUGAAUCUCUGCUGAUUAUAUGAAGUGAUUCUCUGGAAUGACUAAUUUUGUGAA